UGUUAGAACUUAACAUAAAUGCAUAAUGACACAUUCUUUUAAAUAGACUUAAUAGCAUAAUAAGACUUUUUAAAAAAGAUUAUUAGUUAUAAUAGAGUUCUUCGUUUUCUUAAUGCACUUUCGUCCGAACUUUGUAGGCUUCCUCCAAAAUGUGCGCAAAUUUUCGCAGUUUUUAACUCUACCCCCGCUCCCUGCUGGAUCAUAUUUUCGCUUCCUCUGAAAACAUUGCGUUCAAAAACCUGUCGUCUGCUUCAUUUCUGUCUUAAUAUUCAGAGUCGCUCUUCUCAAUGUGAAAACUCUGAUCGAAAUCACAGCAGACACUGUGUGUGAUGAAGCCUGCAGGAAUGUGCAUUUGCUGCUAUAGAAUGGCGGCGCAUUGUAAUAGUUUCUUACCUUUUUUCCCGAUGGAUGCAACAGUUCUGGUUACUUUAUAAAGUCAAUUGUUUAACUUUAGGGACCAUUGGUUUCUGUGCUGCACACCUGCUGCAGUAUUUUUUUUUUUCCUGCCUUAUAGAAGGCGGAGGGAGAGGGCUUGUCAUGCGGAGGCUCAUUAAAAACACCGCGGGCUAAAAGUUGGCGGAUUGAUUUAUUGAAUGCAUGUUUGAUGUCCUCAUUCACACAAGUGACCUGGCCCAAUAACUGGUGAACGAACGGAGGGGGCGAGGAGCGGGAGCGAGAAGGUGGACUGCAGGCUUUAUAUGUUUUUGAAAAUGUAUUGAUUAUAUGGUAUUGAUAGUGCUCAGCUCAUAAUGCUGCUUAGUGGUAAGAUAAUCCAAUAUUAGUGUGAGGCGGAGGUAAUUGACCCCAUGUUGAUAGAAGUGCUGGAAACAGAAGUAGAAGAAGAAAAAAAGCUAAGCCGUGGGUGGAUGACUUCAUGGCUGGCAGAUAACUAACAGCUAUUCUCUGAGUGAACGGCAGAGGGCAACGCCAACAAUCUCUUCUCUGUUUUCUAAAGUGGGCUACAGGUCAUCGCCUUGAUGCUUCACAAAGGACAUCAAAAACAACACGCAGCCAGGACUGUGGACUGAAGGUCUGGUGUCACUGGAGCGCCUCUCCGCCGGAGAACAGUCCGAGACUUGCAUCAUGCUGGACGGCAUAAAAAUUGAAGAUCAUCCCCUGCGAUCGGGACAGGCCACGCUCGGAGUCAUGCUCGGCACUGAAUGUCAUCAUCCAUCCGUUUGUGAAGGAUGCCAGCGUCCCAUCUCCGACCGCUUCUUGAUGAGAGUCAACGAUUCCUCAUGGCACGAGGAGUGUUUGCAGUGCACCGUGUGUCAACAGCCUCUCACCACCAGCUGUUACUUCAGAGAAAGGAAACUUUACUGCAAACACGACUACCAACAGUUGUUUGCGACCAAGUGCAGCGGCUGCAUGGAGAAAAUCGCCCCCACAGAGUUUGUGAUGCGCGCCCUGGAGUGUGUCUACCACCUAAACUGCUUCUGCUGCUGCGUGUGCGACCGCCAGCUGAGGAAGGGCGACGAGUUUGUCCUGAAGGAGGGUCAGCUGCUGUGCAAGAUCGACUACGAGAGGGAGAAGGACUUACUCAGCUCUGUCAGCCCAGAUGACUCAGACUCAGAGAAAAGCGACGAUGAGGAGCUGGACAUCAAGCCAGAGAAAGGCAUAGGAGGCCAGGGGAAGGGGGAUGACGGGAAGGAUCCCAGGAGGCCCAAAAGACCACGGACCAUCCUGACCACUCAACAGAGACGGGCCUUCAAGGCCUCCUUUGAGGUGUCCUCAAAGCCCUGCAGAAAGGUGAGGGAGACGCUGGCCGCAGAGACAGGACUCAGUGUUCGGGUGGUCCAGGUGUGGUUUCAGAACCAGAGAGCCAAGAUGAAGAAGUUGGCAAGAAGACAGCAGCAACAACAAGAACAACAGAAUUCUCAGAGACUUGGCCAAGAGGUGAUGUCCAAUCGCAUGGAGGGGAUGAUGAACUCCUUCACGCCACUGGCUCCGCCACAGCAGCAGCUGGUCGCCAUGGAUCAGAACGGUUACAGCACAGACCCGUUCCAACAGGGGCUCACCCCCCCACAGAUGCCCGGGGACCACAUGAACCCAUAUGGUAAUGAUUCUGCAUUCCAUGACAUAGACAGCGACACGUCUUUAACCAGCCUCAGUGACUGCUUCAUGGCGUCCUCGGAAGUCAACUCCAUGCAGGCCCGCGUGGGGAACCCCAUCGACCGCCUCUACUCCAUGCAGAACUCUUAUUUCGCAUCAUGAAAGAGAGGAGCCGGGAAGAAAGAAAAAAAAAAAGAAACGAAACAUCAGCACAGAAUAAACUGCCCAUCUCAACCCUGAAGCACGAUGGCCAGGAGUUUCUACACUAACACAGACACGACAGAAGAAACACCUCCUUGCAGUAGCUCCUGGUUAUGUGCAGAAGCUUACUCAAAGAUAGUAAAACCACUUGUUGUAGGACAGUGAAGAUUCCUGGGGGAAAAAAAAAAGACUUAAAUAUUGUUAGAGAUUAUUUGGUCGGAUUGCUUAUCUGUCACAGGAGAUAUUACUCUUUUCUUUGUUCACUUAAAGAAAACAAGUAGAUAUUGAAGCCACUGAUUACACACCCUCAAACCAAAUAACAGUGAAUUUAUACAGUGCAUGAUCAAUUGUAAACUAAAACUUUUUGUAAGCCCCCCUGGUUAAGAUGUGGUGUUUGGACUGUUUCUUCUUUACACUACAUGGAUUUCCAUGUUCACCGUUAGCAUUUUGAUCACUUUCAAUAGGUUUAGAUAUUGUGUUAAUAGUAAAUAGGUGCAGCAUGUCUGCAAGAGUGACUGUACAUUUGUGUAUGUAUGAGAGUUUGUGGUGAAAGAAUUGUUUAGAGGAGAAAAAAAGUGGAGAAUUUGGUGGACAAGUAGGAUCAGUGAAGUGUAAAUACUUUCCCCAGGCAAAAUUGGAUGUGCAUGUUAAAAAUGGAAAGCAUUCUAUUUAUUUAACUAUAACAGGCUCUUGAAGGUACAUAUUAAAACUGAAAAGCUUUAUUUAAAAAGGAGAGCAAUUUUUUUUGUUGAGCAAUUAGUGAGUUCAUGAGUAUCACAACUCAUCUGUAUGCCUUUUUAAUAUGAAGAUUAACCCUUUUGUUUUUUUUCUUCAGCCAAGCUGUAAAUGAGCAAUGUUGCUAUUUAUUUCGUACAGACCAUAAACCUUUUGUUAUCAUUGUCAUUAUGUGCAUUCUCAAAAUGUUAAAAGUUGCUAAUUGACCAAAGUUGACUGGUUUGAUGAAUAAACAAUGUCUUUCUCCUGAUAACAUUAAAUAAAUGCCAUUCAGUGAUCAUUCACAUGGUAACAUUUCAA